AUGUCACUGCAUCGUGUUGCGUCGCUCGAAACUUUCGCCAUCCUCCCAACCGACCAGAGGUCAAGGAGGAGCUCCGAUGCUUCGGCUCGCGCCCGCAAAUUAACCUUCAACCCACUCCCGCAAGAAUGGGAUCCUCCAGCUGGCCUGGACCAACUUCAUGCCGUUGGCGCCUUUGAGGUGCCUCGCUGGAAGCGUCUACUCCAGGUUGCCGCCGCCGUCUUCUACUGCCUCUUCGCGUCCGGUGUUGUCUUUGGAUAUGCCGCCAUCAAGCCAGUCCUCAAGUCGGAGGGUGCCUACAAAGAUAUCUGCUCAGCCCCGGGCGGCCUAGUCAGUGAGGACACAUGCAUAGAGAUACAUCUGAACUUGAUGUUCACGGUGGCUGCUGUGGCUACGAAUGUUGCUGCUCUCCCUAUUGGAGCUAUCCUCGAUCACUAUGGGCCUCGGGUGUGUGGUGUACUUGGCAGUCUCUUCCUGGCCAUUGGCGCGGCGCUGAUGGCCAACGAGAGCCGCUUGCCUUUUGACGGCUUGUUGCUUGGUUAUCUUUUCCUGGCUCUGGGAGGCCCCUUUACCUACAUCUCGUCGUUCCAGCUGUCCAAUGCCUUCCCCAAAAACUCGGGUCUCAUUUUGGCCCUCUUGACGGGCGCUUUCGACGCCUCCAGCGCCUUGUUCUUGGUGUACCGGAUCAUCUUUCAAAAGUCAGAGGGCGCCUUUGGACAUCAGCGGUUCUUCAUGGUGUACUUGAUUGUACCUGUGGUGAUCAUCAUCUUGCAGUUUACGCUGAUGCCAUCUCAGUCUUACAAGACGGUUGGUGAGCUGGUGGAGGAGAUCGAGGAGCCAGUCGCCGAGGAACCGGAUGACCAGGUUGACGAAGAAACCGCCCUGCUCCAGGAGGAGGAAAGGCAACAUCGCGCUGAUGUCAUCGAGGGUCUCCAGAACGUGCUCGGCUCGGCCAAGGCGGACAAGCAAGCGAAACGCGAGGAGCGCAAGAAUGAGAUCUCGGGUGUCUGGGGUGUCAUGCACCCCUACACGUCUUGGGAGCAGAUCAAGUCCCCUUGGUUUAUUUUGAUCUGCGCUUUUACUGUUAUCCAAAUGACCCGCAUCAACUACUUCGUUGCCACAAUUCGCGCCCAGUACGAAGCCAUCUUUGGCUCUAUCGAAAAAGCGGCCGAAAUCAACGAAUUCUUCGACCUCGCUCUCCCCAUCGGCGGUAUUCUCAGCAUUCCCUUCAUUGGUAUGAUUCUCGACCACACCAGCACCGUUACCGUGCUUGCCUGCCUCGUCACAUGCGCCACCACGAUCGGCGUCCUGGGUAUCAUCCCGCAGACAUGGGCUGCGUACGGAAAUAUUUGCCUGUUUGUUCUUUACCGUCCAUUUUAUUACACGGCGGUGUCGGACUACAGCGCCAAGGUGUUUGGAUUCAGGACGUUUGGCAAGGUUUACGGUACGAUUAUCUGCCUGUCUGGCGUCUUCAACUUCUCGCAGUCUGGGUUGGAUUUCUUGUUUCACCAAACCUUCAAGGGCAAUCCUCUUCCGGUGAAUGUGAUGUUGUUGAGUUUGGGGUUGGCAGUUGGUCUCGGGCUGGUAGGCUUCGUGGCUAUCAAGGCAAAGAUGAUCAAGAGGAAGAUGCUUUCAGAGGAGGCAUACGGUGCGUUCAGUGACCCAAGGUGGAAUCACUAG